UUACGAAAACCAAAUAAUCUUAGACUUUAGAUAACCAAAUAAGAAAAAGGAAAUCGGCGACGAUUAAAAAUUUCCCAAAGAAAAGGCUUUUGGCGACGAUGCUGUUGUCGCAGGACGUACAGCAACCUCAGGACAAUAACGAACCGUUAUGGAAUCAAUUACCUUAUCCCGGGAUCCGGGGUUACGAGGCGAGCAGAAGUCAAAGGCGGAAAGAUUCGAAGGACGCGGGUUCGAAAUACGCUUGCAACAGGUGCGGGAAAACUUACAAGGCGACCACGUCUCUGAGCCGUCACAAACGGCUCGAGUGCGGUGUCAUACCUUGCGAAGUUUGCCCGAUUUGCGACCGAAGAUUCAAGCAUCGUUUCGUAUUGAACUCGCACAUCGUUGGGUGCCAGAGAAAAUUGCGGCACAUUAUACAGAAAAAUGAUGACUCGCCUGUAUUCACCGAGGAACGGGAGUGAGAUCAGUUCGUUUCCU